AUGGCAUUCCCUCCGCGGUUUCCAAUGCCUCCAUUUGGCUUUCCUCCGCAACCGCAAAUCUUCUUCAAUCCAAUUGGACGUGGAUUCAUCCCUCCUCAGAUCCAAAUUACUCCAGUGAAGCAAAAGCCAGUGACGACUGUAUUUGUUGGGAACAUUUCCGAGAAAUGUAGCAACGAAUUCAUGCAGCAAAUGCUGCAGGAAUGUGGAACGGUUACAACUUGGAAAAGAAUACAAGGCUCGAAUGGGAAAUACCAAGCAUUUGGAUUCUGUGAUUUUGAGGAACCAGAAGGGACAUUAAGAGCAUUGCGGGUGCUCAACGAUUUCCAGAUAGGGGAGAAAAAGCUAGUCGUAAAGGCAGAACCGAAGGUGCGUGAAGAACUACGUGCAUGGGCUAUACAGCAUCGUAAAGACACUGGCAAGCCAGAACUACAACUAAAAGAAGACGAGUUACCAGCUGACGACGAUGAUCUUAAAAAAGAUGAAGAAGUGCGGCUGAAGAUUCUUAACUGGAUUGACACAGAUCAUCCACAGCUUGUAACGUUGGCAGAAGAUGGAGAGCUGUCAGAUAAAGAGGCGAAAGAUUCUAAGAAGGAUAAAGAGAAACAGAAGGACGAGAAGAAACGCGAUUCCGGUUCGGAAAGUAAAAAGGAUGCAGAGCGAGAAAGGCGCAGGCGGCGAUCACGGUCAGACUCACGUUCGCGUUCAAGAAAUGAAAGAAGAUCAUCCCGCCGCAGCAAGUCGCCUAAGCACAAGCGUCGACGUCGUUCCACAUCAUAUUCAGGAUCUUCAGAAAGUAGCAGCUCAAGUGAAACUUCGGAUUCCCGCAGUCGAUCGAGAUCAAGAGAGCGAACACCUCCAAAGAAGAGGAGAGAAAGAGAACGAUCAAUUAGCAGAAGCUCUGAGGAUAGUGAAGAAGCUCGUGAGAGACGUAAUCUUAAGAAGCAGAUCAAAGAAAAGGAGCAGGCGUACGUAGCUCGUUUGACAAAGUGGGAGGCCCGCGAACGGCAAAAAGCCAAGCAGUAUGAGAGGGAAGAGCGGAGAGAAAAAGAUAGAAGAAGGGAUAUCCUUAAAGAAGCCAAGAAACUCAAGCAUUUCCUGGAGGAUUAUGACGAUGAAAAGGAUGAUCCGAAAUACUACAAGAGUUCGUCUUUGUUCCAACGUAAACGAGAUUUUGAAAGAGAACGUGAAGCAGAUUCCAAGGACCGCCUGAGAGAACAGCAGGAAAUAGAAGAACUUCGGAAGCAAAUUCUUGCUGAAAACAAAGAUAUCCAGGAUGUGGACGAAGAGGCGCGGAGAAGACAUUUGGAGAAGGAAGAGGCAGCGAUGCGUCGUCUCCGAGAAGAUAGUGGGAGCCCUAAUCCUCAUCAACCGCUUGGUCAAAGAGAUGGAGAUGGGGAUAGUUCCAGUAGUAGUGAGGAAAGUGACGAUGAAGAAGAUGGGAAGUCCCUGGAUGGAAAAUCAAUAGGGGACGAUGACCAGGAUGCGAAAACCCCGAAAAGUGAUGCUCCUGCUCCUACCACUAGUCAGGAAGAUCGAUGGAAAAGUGUGGACGUAACGUCUCAGUCGACUCCGUUAAGUGUAUCAUCGCCCACAAUAACGAUGCGGGGAGCUACCUCCAGUACAUCGUUGCAAACUCUACAACGCCCGGAACUGAAUGCCCGGCUUAAUGGAGUUUUCGGAGUUGACGACGAGGACGAAGAAGGAGGUCGCAAACAUCUCCGUCCCUUUGAGAUUACACAAGAAGAACGAAUGGAAACGUUAACCACCGACGAAAAAAAACGUAUGGUGAAGGAUCUCAUUAACAAUAUACCCACUACCAAAGAUGAACUCUUCGCUCACACUAUAGAUUGGCGGUUUGUUGAUCGUUCAUUGAUUGAACAGCGAGUCCGGCCGUGGGUUGCGAAAAAGAUUUUGGAGUUUCUCGGUGAAGAAGAAAGUGCGCUAGUUGAUUUCGUGUGCGAAAAAGUGGCCACAAAGACAUCUCCUGAUCGCAUUCUUAGUGAUAUUGCAAUGAUACUUGAUGAAGAUGCAGAAGUGUUUGUUGUGAAAAUGUGGAGGCUCCUGAUUUAUGAGAGCGAAGCGAAAAAACUUGGUCUUGUUGUUCCUCGCAGUAGCCAGUAA